AUGACUCUGGAGUACAAAGUAGAUGUGGUCGGUAGAAAUGUUGAAUUUUCGAAUUUGAAAACCCAAUUUUUGGUUCGGAAAUUAGAAGAAAAGGAUCUACAACGGGUUAUUACAUUGUGUACGGAAGCCUUCCCUCUUGAGUACGACCAGAAAUGGUUUUACGAAGUAUGCUCUGGUCGAUAUAUAAGUUUUGGUGCUUUCGAUGGUGAUUUUCUUGCGGGUUUACUAGUCGCUGAAGUGAAAACUGUUGCCAACUGUGAUUCUGAAGUAAGUCCAGCCUUCCUUUACGCUCAAUUUGCAGGAUCGUGAUAUAUGGAGUCGCCUUGAUUCACGCGUAGUGUAUGUAAUGAGUCUGGCAGUGUCAUUACUUUAUAGAAGACAAGGCAUUGCUUCCUUAUUAAUGGACUACUUAAACUCCAUGGUAUUAAAUUAUACGCCAUUGCCAGUGUUAAUAUAUUUGCAUGUGUUAAAAGAAAACUACGGUGCCAUAACGUUUUACAAAAAUCGUGGGUUCAAACAUCACAAGACGCUCGCGUAAGUGAAGGAGCAAGUGAAAUGAUAUUUGUAGGAAUUAUUACCUGAUUGAUGGAAUCUAUCGCGAAGGCUUGACAUUUCUGCUAGUAUUGAAUAACAGCAAUAAUGUUUGUUCUCUGAAAGAUGUGUGGAAUAUGACGACUUCUAUGAUUGUUUCAUUAUUUCGAUCGCAUGUUUUGAGGUCUUAA